UUCAACUUCCUCUUAGAUUCUCAAUGUAGCUUUCACGUAUUAAAUGUCAAUAGGGUUGAAACCCUUUACUUCUAUAUAACCCCUCUUUGUAUCUAUAUAUAUGAACAGUUCUAGGUCUUGAAAUCCAAUCAAAUUCCCCAAAAAGAAAUCCCAUAUGAAACAAGGUGAUGAACAGUGUUGGAUGUGGAUGAUGAAGAAGAGACCAUCAUCAUCACAGCUUUUGAGGUCCCAUUUUGAAGUAUCCAUGGAGUGUUUAACUGAUACAUGGGAAGAACAAGCAUUUGCAGAAGAUGCGGCCAGGUGUUUAAGGGGUUGCAUUUGGCCACCAAGGUCCUAUUCUUGCAGCUUUUGCAAUAGAGAAUUCAGGUCAGCUCAAGCUCUUGGUGGUCACAUGAAUGUUCAUAGAAGGGAUAGAGCUAGGCUUAAACAAUCCCUUCAUGGUCAUCAUCAAUAUCCCAACAAUGAAGCAGCUGCCUCUAAGCCUAAACCCCAAGUUGAUGAAGCAGCAUGUACUUUAGAUCAUUCCAUUGAUUAUUCUACUGCAACAAAAAGGGCUCUCAAUGAUGUUGAAACCAGCUUGUCUGUUGGGUUGAGUUCUGUCUUGUUCCAAAACCGACCAGCUGUGACUUGUAACAAGGAGGCAGCCAAUAACAAAAGACCCAAGGUUGCUGUUUCAACACUGCAAUGUUCUCCACUUGAAUGGCAGGUUCUUGAACUUAAGCCUGCAAGCUCCAUGGAAGACUUGGACCUUGAGCUCAGGCUUGGUGUUCUAUGAUGAAUGGAAUCUAAUUAACUUUGAUUUUCUUUCACUUUAUGUGAUAUUAUCAUUGGAAAAGCCAAGGUCUACUAUGAAUUGUGCAGAUAAUGAAAGAAAAAACAUCUGAUUUAUCAAUUAUGUUUCUUAUAUUCUGAUAUAUAAUAAUCUUAGUUUUUGAGCUUUCUUUAGUAUUCUGAUAUAUAAAACAUGGAUCUUAUAUUCUGAUGUAUAA